UGGUUUCGGCGCGCGCCGCCGGAAGUGGCGUCAGCACGGCGCGCCGCCGGAUGUGACGUCAGUGCGUAGCGGCAGCGGGCUGAGGCGGGAGCGGCGGUUGGAGCGGCCCGAGGGGACGGCGCCAUGUCCUCGACGUCACAGAAGCACCGGGACUUCGUGGCGGAGCCGAUGGGGGAGAAGCCGGUGGGGACCUUGGCCGGGAUCGGGGACGUGCUGGGCAGGAAACUGGAGGAGAAGGGCUUCGACAAGGCGUACGUGGUGCUGGGGCAGUUCCUGGUGCUGCGCAAGGACGAGGAGCUGUUCCGGGAGUGGCUCAAGGAGACGUGCGGGGCCAACGCCAAACAGAGCCGCGACUGCUCGGGCUGCCUGCGCGAGUGGUGCGACGCCUUCCUCUGAGCCCCCUCCCCAAAAUCGGCCCCCCCGAGCCCCUCGGCCCGGCUCC